AUGUCAACCUCGAAACUUGACUCCAAGACUGUCUCGCGGGGCCCAUUGAACCCCGACGAAGCCCGCUGGACACGCUUGGUGAAAACAACAUACACUGACCCUCUGGGCGUCCAGCGAACAUGGGAAUCAGCCGAGCGCACGACACGACCAGCCGGUGUGGAGCUCGAUGGCGUCGGAAUCGUCGCUAUCCUCAGCAAGGAGGGUGGUUCGGAGUUACUUUUGCAAAAGCAAUAUCGGCCGCCUAUUGAUAAGGUGGUUAUUGAGGUUCCGGCGGGGUUGAUUGAUGCAGGUGAGACGCCUGAGCAGUGUGCUGUGCGGGAACUGCUUGAGGAAACCGGUUAUGUUGGUGAAGCGGAGCAGACGAGCCCCGUUAUGUUUAAUGAUCCGGGGAUGUGUAACACCAAUUUGCAUAUGGUUCAUGUUAAGGUUGAUAUGUCUCUUCCUGCGAACCAGAACCCGAAGCCUCAGCUUGAGGAGAACGAGUUCAUUGAGUGCUUUACUGUGCCUUUAAGCUCGCUGUUUGAUGAAUUGGAGAGACUUGAAAAAGAAGGCUAUGCCAUCGAUGCUCGGAUCGGUACUCUUGCGGAGGGCAUUGAAUUGGCGAAGAAGUGGAAGCUGUGA